AUGCCGCAGUGCGGCUCUGCCUCCAGAAAGCGAGAGCCUAGAAACACCGGCGGUGGCGGCGACAGCCCGGCCGUUUGCCCCGUGCGCGUUGCCGAGCCGGGGCGGAGGCCCUGGCGGGAGGUCCCGGGGGCUCAGGGAGUGACGGAUGUCCUGUGUGAAGCUUGUGACCAGUUAGGAUGGAAGACGCCAACAAAGAUCCAAGUUGAGGCUAUUCCAGUGGCUCUUCAAGGCAGAGAUAUCAUUGGACUGGCAGAAACGGGUUCUGGAAAAACAGGGGCCUUUGCUUUGCCAAUUCUUCAAGCGCUGUUGGAAACACCUCAGCGAUUGUUUGCUCUUGUCCUCACCCCAACGAGGGAGUUGGCCUUCCAAAUUUCAGAGCAGUUUGAAGCUCUUGGAUCCUCCAUUGGCGUCCACAGUGCGGUUAUUGUGGGUGGAAUUGACACGAUGUCUCAAUCUCUGGCCUUAGCCAAGAAACCACAUAUUAUAAUUGCAACCCCUGGCCGUCUAAUUGAUCAUCUGGAGAACACAAAAGGCUUCAAUUUACGCGCUCUGAAGUACCUAGUGAUGGAUGAGGCUGACCGGAUCCUCAAUAUGGAUUUUGAGACAGAGGUGGAUAAGUUAUUGAAAGUAAUUCCUCGAGACAGGAAGACGUUCCUGUUUUCUGCCACCAUGACCAAGAAGGUACAAAAACUCCAACGUGCUGCUCUUAAGGAUCCUGUGAAAUGUGCUGUUUCUUCUAAAUAUCAAACAGUUGAAAAACUACAGCAGUACUAUAUUUUCAUCCCCUCUAGAUUCAAGGACAGCUACCUGGUGUAUAUCCUGAAUGAACUGGCUGGGAACUCCUUCAUGAUAUUCUGCAGCACAUGUAACAAUACUCAGAGGACUGCUCUACUGCUCCGCAAUCUGGGGUUCACUGCCAUCCCUCUCCAUGGGCAGAUGAGUCAGAAUAAACGCUUGGGUUCUCUAAACAAGUUCAAGGCAAAGGCGCGGUCUAUUCUGCUGGCUACUGAUGUUGCAAGCAGAGGUCUGGACAUCCCACAUGUAGAUGUGGUCAUAAACUUUGAUAUUCCUACCCACUCUAAGGAUUACAUUCAUCGCGUGGGGAGAACAGCUCGAGCCGGAAGAUCCGGCAAAUCUAUCACCUUUGUCACACAGUAUGAUGUAGAGCUGUUCCAGCGCAUUGAACACCUAAUUGGCAAGAAGCUGCCAGCAUUCCCCAUGCAAGAGGAGGAGGUCAUGAUGUUGACAGAGCGGGUGGCUGAGGCCCAGAGAUUUGCUCGAAUGGAGCUGCGAGAGCAGGGAGAGAAGAAGCGAUCUCGGGAUGGGGAUGAUGACGACACAGAAGAAGCUAUUGGUAUCAGGAAUAGAGUGGCAGGCGGGAAAAAGAAGAAAAGGAAAGCCUUCUAGCUUGUGUUUGGACAAAACUUAACCUUCCUUUUAUGGCUCUGUGAGGUUGGAAAAAGAAAAAAAGUCUACCAAGCCCUAUCCAGUGGAUUUUUUUUUUCCAGAACUGCAUAUCAUAAAUUGGGGGAUCCAGCUGGAAAACAAUUUCCCCUUCUCUGCUUCACCAGAGCCUGGUCUGUUGUGGUACCACUGGAUCAGUCUUCCUUUCAGAGAUGCCAUACCAUCCCCUCUGGGUUCGGAAGUAGCUGUGGUCUGGCCCAGCUCAUUCCGAAAGAGGUGUUGAAGGGAAGUACGCGUGUAUGCGGUGUGGGUGCAGCUUUCCCAUUGUUUGCAGCUUCUGUCUCACUGUCCAGCUUGCUUGGAGCAUCUGGUAUCAGAAGAAGCAAGAGAGGAAAAAGUUAAAAGAAGCAACAGUUUCCAUAGCACAGCUGUGAUGUCCUUGCCUUAGUGAGGAGGACAUGUGCUAUGGAGAACUCCAAAUAUAUUUUGCUUAAUUUUCAAGCUACCUCAUUUUCCUUGUCUUAUCGCUGAGCUGUUCUCACUUUGAGUGUUUAUCAGCUCUGCUAGAAAGUUGUCGUCUUAGAUCACUCUUCUCAGCAGUUCAAACAUGACAUCAGUACUUUCUGUAUCGGCUGAAGAGUGGCCCAGAACAGAGUAAGUCUGUUCCAGCUCGACUGGGCCAUUCACUAUCUGGCAUUGGAUCCAGAAUCUGGCGUGAUUGGCAAAGUUAAAAAGUGGUCAGGGCUUGGGAGCUUCUUGUGUGUGUGUGUGUUUUUGUUUUUGUUUUUUUUUUUUGGGGGGGGGGGGGGGGAUUUGUUUAUUUUUUGCUGAUUUCUUGUAGUACCUGAAAACUAACGCAAGAGGGUGGUAUUCACAUAGUCAAGCAGCCUGCAGGCUGGAACUUGAGAGAAAAACAGACAACAAGUAUAUGUUGUCCUACUUAUUCCCCCCAGCGGUUUUCUCUACAUCUUAUGCUGAAUUUAGUGUCAUAUAAGUAGAUUUUUGCAAGAAUGGGAGAAACGUAUUUUUCUUCAUAUCAGACCAGGAGUUUAGUGCUAGUUCCCCCAGCAAUAUAAGCUUUUAUAUUGGCCACUUUUCUUUGUGGGCACAGAAGGGUGAGAAGCUGCAUAUUGAUCAUGUAACAUGAAAAUUGACCAUUAGAACUACUCACUGGUAGUAGUACUGGACUUUCUGCUCUAUGAAAAAUUGGAUGUUCAGAAGUUUGGUGCUUUUUUAAUGCGAAUGAAAAGCAAAAAUUUCUGCAAUAGUCAAGACCAGCAGAAUGGUUGCUUUCAUAGUGUUGACAAAUAUAAUGUAUACACACAUACACCAGUUUUUGUUUCAGGCCACACAUUUUGCAAAAUACAUGUUUUAACAAAACUGCUUCUUUUUUUUUUUUUAAUGAGUACAACAUAUGCAUUUACUUUAAAUAGCCUCUGUUUUCUACAUGAGGGACAAAUGUAGUCCCUGGUGUGAGAAGAGUGCCAGUGUCGUAAGCUUUUUGACCCUUUUUUUUUUUUUUUUUUUGUGGUAGUUUACUUAAAUCUCUCAAAUGCUGACCUUCAAGUCUGAUACCUCCAAAGCAAGCUAAAGAAGGGAGGAGCAGUGGCAGAUGAGUAAGGGUACAUCCCUUGGACAUGUUAAAUACUGAAAGCAUCUUUAUAAUGCAGGAAGACAAUGUGUAUCUUUUGUGAACAUCUGCAUCUUUAUGCAGAGAGACAGGGGUGGAAACUCAGUAACGAGAAUAUGUUAAUUCUGCAAGGUUAUUCGAUGACAUUCCCCUGGGGUAGGAGGAAAUGUCUGUUGAAAGAGGAAUAAAACGAGCAAGUGUAUGGUGGGGACAUGUGAACACUUGUUCCCGAAAGAGCAGCAGUGUUCCUGACUGCUUUUCCUGCCUUCUGGAUGCUUGAGCUUCCUUACAUUUCACAGUCUAGACAGGGUUGGGCCUGCUAUCAGCAAAUGAAGAUAAACCCCUCUAAAGCUCUGCGUCUAUGGGAAAAUCUGUCAGCACUGCUCCCAGCUACAUAACUUGGGUGAUACGCAUGUGAAUCAGUCCUGAGUCAACCUCGUAAAGUGAUGUGAAGGACAGCUAUACUGCUGGGGAAGGUGGGGCAGGGUUAUUUCUUUUAGAGUUAGUAUGGGGGAUCUAAUGGAGUCUUCAGCAUCUCUCCAUGCUCUUCUGCGUGGAUGGCUGCAACAGCUGUGGAGGUCUGUCUUCCCCCUUGAUGGGAUGAAAGAUUCUCGGUCUCCUGUGCAGCUGCAAGAAUAAUACAGGAGAAAUAGUAAAGCCUCUCCUUGUAAAAAGGGUGCAGAGCGUCCUUAAGAGGAGUGACUCCUAGACAGAGUUGGUCAUCUCCCUUUAGUUGGAAUGACAAGCUGUGGAAACCCUUAGCCCUAGAAAAGCAAACGUCUUUCCACACCCACAUUCUCACUGGUGCCUCACCUGCCACAGGUAUGUGUGUUCAGUUUCAGCUAAAAAUAUCUCAACAAGUUGGAGUGGCAGGAAAUAGUUUCUUACUGUGGUUACACCAUGCGAGCUAGAUUGGAGAAUGUUUACAUAACUGAAGUGAAAUAGGGAGUGUCUGAAGAUGUAUUUGGUUGUCAAAACAGAAUUUGCAGUCAGACUAAAGCAAAGUUUGUAGCUGAUCUAAUGAAAAAGGAGGGGAAAAAUAUGAAGCGAGACCUGUUUCAGGGAAGGAAGUUCAGUAAAUACCAGUACCAAUAGAUGUGUGAGUGCGUGCUUUUGUAUGGCAUCUGAUGCCAAUGUGUUCAGUCAGGAGGACUCUCGAGCAGCAAUUCUGAAGCACGCCUCUCCAUGCGUCUCUUGAGUCUCUGUACAGCAGGGAGCUGAGGUGGAGGAUUAGCCUUAGUGAUGUGAGGCUAAAACAACUUGCUGGUUUUUGUGGGUGAAAUUCAAGUGAGGUUUCAGCAAAAGCUGUAUUCCUCAGAGAUGUUUAACGGGGAUGUUCGCAGUUUGAAAUAAUUCUGCGCUUCACAAAGUCCAUAGUGAAAAGGGAAUUGUUCAUGUACUUGCAAUACAUAUUUAAAAUAAACUUUUGUAGUUUUGUUUUCUAA